CAGAAGUCCGUUACUCUUCGAAUUUUUGAAUUUUAACGUACAAUUUUUUAUCAGUUUUACCAUAUAUGUGAGUUUUACACACGAUGAAUUAAAUAAUAAUGGAAGACAGCGUGAACGUGGCGAUUAGAGUUAGACCUUCGUCGAAUGUCUUCGAGAAAUCAAUUGCGGUAUCGGUAGUGAGCAAUAACCCACCGGUCCUCCAUGUUACCAAUAAACAGCUGUACUCUUUUGAUAACAUAUUCUCCGACAACGCUUCUCAGAAGGAGGUGUACGAUGCUAUGGUUAAACCGUUGGUUAAGAAAGUGCUGGGAGGGUAUAACUGCACCGUCUUCGCUUACGGUCAAACGGGUACGGGGAAAACGUACACCAUUGGCAGUAAUCCGAAGUCCGAUUCAGAAGCAGGUUUUAUCGCUCGCGCGUGCGACGAGCUCUUCAGCAAUCGUGAAGAUUACAGAGAUCUGGCCGUCUCGAUUACCUUUUACGAAAUAUACAACGAGAAAGUCCUCGAUUUGUUGAGCCACAAGAAGGGGCACGUCCCUGUGAAAGGUUUUAAAGUCGAUGGAUUAGAAACGAUACAAGUGCACAAUCAGAAGGAGGCGGCCCAAUUACUCGCUGUCGGUAGUUUGAAUCGUCACACGGGCGAGACGAAGCAGAAUCGUUUCAGUUCUCGUUCGCACGCCGUGUUCACACUGACUUGCGUCGUUAAGAAUGAGAACCACGAAACCGAAGCGAAGUUAAAUCUGGUGGACCUGGCCGGGUCGGAGAGCGUCCGCCGCACCGGAACCGAGGGCUCCCAGUUUCAGGAGGGCGUCAACAUCAACAAGGGCCUGUUCUACAUCGGUCGCGUUAUUAACGCGUUAACGACGAACGUGGCUCACGUACCGUACCGUCAGUCGAUGAUCACGACCACGCUGCAGGAUUCUUUGAGUAAGCGUAAUUUUAUCACGCUCGUCGCGUGCGUCAGCCCCGAUCUGCAGGACGUUCAGGAGACGAUUCAGACGCUCGAAUUCGCGCAGGGAACGAAGAGGGUGAAAAACAGGCCUGAGGUGAACAAUGUCAUUUUGGAGUAUAAGAAGAAGAACCCCACACUGUUCGAGCGUCCCGCGCCUUCUUCGGCCGUAAAAGUUCGCCCGACGCCCUUGAAGCGCCAAAAUCAAUCGAUGGACUGCCCCAAUACCCCGAGCUUCGCGAAAACGCCGAAGGUAAAUCAUACCUGGACGCCUGGAGUUCAGACUCCGCCCACUUUGGCCGCGUUGAGCGUGGCCUCGUCGCUCGGAGACGGCACGAUCGUACUGUCGUCUUUCAGUCCCAUCGUCAAAAAAUGCACGGAAGCGGUCGAGAACAAAAUCAUGGAGAAAUUCCCGCUGCUGAUGAAGUCGUACGCGCCCCGAUGCAGCGCGGAAAUCGACGAGCAACAAUUUUCCUGGCAGCGUUUGCACGCGGAAGUGUCGCAAAUCGUGCGAAACGAGUUCGUGCAACUAACGACGGAACGCUCACGGGCGUGCAGCAGUCCCAUUCAGUGCUCCAACGUUGCGAAACGCCUGGAGUUCGACGACGACGAUGACGCCUUUGUCUUCAAAGUACCCAAGAAACCGCCUCCAAAGGUUGCCGAGAAAAAGGCGACAACUCGACGAAGUGCCCGCCUGUCAAAGAAGGUCUCACCCCCGCCACCUACCCAGCAGCCGCCCAGACGGCAAAGCGUAAGGCUAAUCAGCAAGAAUCGGACGGAGGUUUCACCAAAACCUCGACGGAGCAGUUCGAAACGCCCUCCCAUUCCCACGCCACGCAAAACGCCGUCGACUCAGGACGCCAAACACGCGCACCACGCCCACAUCCUAAGCGUACUAAACAAAGGCAACGAAAAGGAGCUUCAAAAACUUCCGUCCGUCGGUGCCAAGACGGCGAGACAAAUCUUUCUGUACAGGCAACUGCACGGACCACUGGACGACAUCAAAGAUCUGGCGAAAAUGCAGUCGUGGAUAGGAAACCAAUACCAAAGAUUCUUACGGUCUAAUUUUCUGCAGAUUGAUGACUGAUUAGAAAAAAGGUUUGUAGACAUUCAUGUUGAAUUACUUGCCUUUUCGUAAAAGAAACAAAAUGGUAAAUAUAAUUAUUAAUAAUGUAGCUACAAAGCUUUUUUUUUAAAUAAUGGCCAAAAUACGGGAUCCAUAAGUUAACAUGAAUGGAUUUUGCAUGUUAUGAGAUUGACUUUAUCAAUUUAUGUGUAUUUAUUCUUGUUUAUAUAUUAAAGACUUGCAUUUAAAGGUGUCUACGCCACAUUCCCAAUUGUAAUUAUGUUAAUUCCACUUCAUCCUACCUCUGGUUAAUAUUUGAUGAGAUCUGUGGUUAAAUAAAUAAAGAAGAC